CGAUAGUCCCAUCCUAUUCUUGAAACAAUUCUAUCCAAUGAUAGCUGCAAAAAUGACGGUGUUCAUCUGUAGAAAUUAACCUAUCCCAGCGCCCUCUUGGUGGUGGAAACUAUGAACGCUCAGCCGCCCAUAAAUAGAUGUUCAUUUACGUGACUGGUCGACUACGCUGAAAGUUUCAUUUCUGCGGUUUGUGUAGGGAUCAGUGGUCACCCCGCACCCAAGAUGAGACGCCUAAGAUACCUCUUCGUGCUAUUGCUCAUAUUCAUCUCCCAGGUUGUCGUCUUUAUCGGUCUAAGCGGCGUUAAUGAAGAUGGUGGGGAUUUCGAUCGGAAACCACUAGGGGACCCUGGAAACCGCAGAAAUUCGGAACUGUUGUUCGGCGCUGAGGCUGUCUUCGAUGUGGGUGCCCGUGGGAAGAAAGAUGCUGCGCCGUCCAGCGACGAGCCCCUUGUGGGCCACGCAAGAGAAACUCCCAAAAGGAGCCAGGGUUUUCAUACCAAAACAUUAGAAGAACUUUUUGCCAGUAGUACUGAGAACAAAAACGAACUGAGCGAUGAUGAAGCUGUGAAGCGUUGGUUUGGGAUGCUGCAAAACAUGACAGACACGUUGUUUCUGGAUGAGAUGGGGCCCAAGAGUGACAGCAUCUGCCAGGUACCCGACCUGAAGGCACCAGCCCAAAUGUGCAGGGAUGAGAUAGGAUGGGAGUGUAACAUGGUCCCUGCUUUCUCCUCAUACAAUCCCUCCACCAGGAAUAUUACAGUCAAAUGCCCAGGCAGAUUCCGGGUCAACCAGGUCGACCGAACUGAGUCGGAGGAAAUUGUGUCUAGGGGCAGCUACCGACGGAAGGCUGUUUGGAAGUACUACCAAGGACCCCAGGAGAUUGCUAUGGAAACAGAGUAUGCCGAUGUGGUCUGCAAAAAUAAAAAGAUGCAGGACCUUCACAACUACCACACCCAGUUUGUGCCCAAGCCGGCCGCCGACCGACAACAGGAAGGGAGGCUCCGGGAGGUCAAAGGUCAGGAGCCGGCCUGGCAGCCCCUCUGCAUUCUCACGGUGGUCCUGGAUUCCAUGUCCAGGGCACAGGCCCAUCGCAGCUGCGGCCUGCCCAAGACUAUGGCUCUGCUCAAGAAAUUCUACCGGGGCUAUUUCAGUGAUAUUCCGCCGUCGUCUGGCCACGGACCCAUGUCCCACCAGUCCUUCUUCUUCUCUCGCCUCAAUGCCAUCAGCAGCUCCACCCUGCUCAACCUCACCCCACUGUUCUCUGGCCAGCUCUACCAGGACAUUGACAUGGGCAAGGUGGCCAGAGGCAUCUAUGCAAAGGAUAUAAAGGAGUGGAUUUGGGAGUAUGCAGCCCAGCGUGGGUACAUUACAAGCUAUGGCGUCGACAACAACAGCGGUUUGAUGGGUACCAGGACUCACUGUAAGGCUUGUCAUUAUCGACCUCCGGUACUGCCACAUGUCGAGCAUGGCUGGCAAAAGAGAGAGAAUGAACAGGUGAGGCCCAACGUCCUGUCUGGUCUGUGUGAUGGCAACCAUAUGCUGCAUGAGUACAUUCUCAACUACACCAGGGAUUUCCUGAAACACCCCUAUCCAGCCAAGUGGGCCGCACUGGAUUUGAACGCAGGGCACAGGGGAGAGACAGAAUCAGGCAACCAAGUGGAUGCGGAACUGGCAGUCUUCUUGGAAGAUGUGUUGAAGGAAAACAGGGACCUGGUCGUGUUUAUUUUAGGAGAUCAUGGCAAACCACUGCAUAAGAACCCCUCCCACCUUGGCAGCUACUACGAGACACUGCUACCGUUUCUCUCUGUCCUCAUGCCAACCUGGCUUCUAAGAGAGCGGCCUGAUAUCAUGGCAAACCUCAUAGACAACCAGCAACGAUAUAUGGUCCACGCUGAUUUGCAUCUGAGCAUGAAGUCCCUCCUCCAUUAUCCUAAUAUGGGUGAAGUGGACGGGGCCAUCGCUUCCAAGGCUGUCAAUGUCUUCACCGAGGUGAUCCCCCAAGAACGUUCCUGCGAGCAGGCCAACAUCCCACCUUGGACAUGCGUAUGUGGCUUUAUGCAGAAACUGCCUGAAUCACAUUGGACUCCGAGGCACACUACCAUGGUCCAGAAGACACUGGGAUACAUCAACGCCAUGCACAGCCUCAAGUGGCUACAGUCCUCGGACACCAGUGCCUUGGGGGAUGCAAGGACCUCCUGCCUAGACCUCCAUCUCAGGCGGAUCCUCAGUGUCGUGGUCAACGAGAAUAAAGACGAGGACUUGCAUUCCGCUCGGCAUUAUGUCUACCGCUUGACCUUCCAGACGAUUGAGGAAGACACGGUGUGGUCGGUUGUAAUGGACAGUGACAUGGAUAUAAAGCGGGUCAGACAGAUUACGCUCUAUCAGCCUUACGAUGUGUGCUGGGACAGGCGAGUGCCCCUACAAUUCUGUGUCUGCAAUAAGGCCUCCCAGCCAACUCCAUCCAAGCUGUACCGACCACGGUCAGUCACGUGAUACUGGUCCCACUGACUGGUAGUUCCAAAUGUUCACUCAGGAUGUCACCGGUAAGAGCGACUGGUCCUCAAGCUGGCAUCUUGAACCGACAGAAAAAAUGGGGGGGGGUUCUAGUGUUACAAGAAGCUAAAGAAAUGAAGUUUGGUGAUACAAUGCUGGGUGCACUUUGUAUUUCAACCUCUUCAUGCUGGAAGACUUGUAAACACACAGGAUUACCCGGAGGACUUUUAAACCAGUCUUGGCAGAUUUCCUACGUAGUAGAAGAUCUAUACUCGUUUCUAUACUUGAGUUGUACCCAUUGUGUCUGUACAUUCAUGGAGACUGUAUCUAGUUUGUGGAGGUUGAGGAUGCCUGGAACCCUGAUUCAGUCGUAAGCCACAGCUUAACGUAGCAUAUAUCACUCAGUGACACUGUCUUGGAUGUUAACAAAAGUAAUGAUGUGGUAUGAAAUUUUUGCACGUUAAACAAAUGACCACCAAGGGCCAGCAUUUUGUAAAGGACUGCAGUCUUCGAAACUUGUCAUUUUUAAAAGUAGGUAUUUAUUGCAUCCUGGACAAGUUCAUUGUGAAAUACUAAUAGCCUUUGAUAACUGAAAUGAUAUCAUGGAAAUUGCUGCAAUGAACAAGCAUUCUUGUUCCUGGUUAACCGAAAUCAAAUGUCAUUACUAAAAGCAUCAUCAGCCUGUAAUGUCUCUUAGCUGCCUCAGGGGUUACACAAAUGCCUGUGAUUUGUGUGUUUGCCUUCUGUUUGCAUAAUGGGUAUGCAGAACUGCCUCAGGUUCAGCCAUGAAAUUGAAACAAUCCAGUUCAGUUUUCUGAUGCUGUGCUGCAAGUUGAUGUAUUGUUUGAAAAGCUGAAACCAAAUGUAGGGUUAGAUAUAUUUAUUCAACAAAUCUGUGGAACAUCGUCACAUAUAUAAUAUAUAGAGUAUGUUCGUGAGAUUGCAGGUUAAUAUUGCUCCCUUCUCUUUUGACUAAAAUCUUUACCUACAGGUAAAAACUAUUUGGAGGUGUUGUGAAAUAUUACUAGUAUAUAGUGUUAUGUUGUAUAUUGGGGUCAAAAAGUAAAUUUGACUUUACUAUUUAAUGUCAAAUUAUACAAGGCAUAUUUAUUAUAGUUUCAUGUUUCAGAUGGAGCGCAAUUUUUAUUAAAAAACAGUUGAAUAGUUUGA